CGAUGUAUUUUUAGAUUUGACAUACUUUACAGCUACUUGAAUACAAGAGCUACAAUAUAGGCUCUAAUAACCCAAACCCACCACAUACCGAACGAUCAAUCAUUCGAUUAGGGCAGCAACGAUGUUAUUCCGGUUUGGGGUCAUUCUCACCCCGAAGUCCUCGGAUGUUCGGGUCUAUGUUUUGGGUUCGCGUAGGGAAAUGGGUGAGUGGGACCCGCGCGCAGCGAUCCAGAUGAGAGCCUCGCAGGACCCUGUGCUGUCCACGCAUGAACCGUGUCUGUGGAUCGGAGACGUGGAGCUGGCAGAGCCCUUCAAAGACUCACUGUGGUUCAAGUUUGUCCAAAGAGUCCGCGGCUCUUGUAUCUUGGAAGGAAGUGGUCCGAGCCAUGACCGGUGUUGUUCAUAUGACGAGAGGAACAUUGUGGAUGGAGUGUACUGCCAUCCGAUUGGUCACUGGAUAGAGGAAACAGGACACACAGAUGAGAUGAAACACACCGCCAACUUCUACUUCAGUGUGUCCGGUCAGAAGGCCAUUCACUUCUCCAGGGUGCUGCCACGCGUUUGGCUGGGAAGCUGCCCUCGACAGGUGGAACACGUGACGAUAAAGAUGAAGCACGACUUGGGCAUCACGGCGGUGAUGAACUUCCAGACAGAGUGCGAUGUGGUGAACAACUCCGGCGGCUGCAGGCGCAACUUCGGUGAAGCCAUGACACCGGAGACCAUGAUGCAUCUGUACAAAGACUGCGGCCUGGUGUACGUGUGGAUGCCCACGCCCGACAUGAGCACGGAGGGUCGGAUCCGGAUGCUUCCCCAGGCUGUGUUCCUGCUGCACGGCCUCUUGGAGAACGGGCACACUGUCUACGUCCACUGUAACGCUGGCGUAGGCCGGUCGGCGGCAGCGGUGUGCGGCCUGCUGGUGUACGUCCUCGGCUACAGCCUGAGGAAGGCGCAGUACUUGGUGGCAGCCAGGAGGCCGGCAGUGUACGUCGACGAGGAGGCUUUGCUCCGGGCCCAGGCAGAUUUCACUCAGAAGUUUGGACAACUACGAUCCUCCGUCUCUCACCCGCACACAUGAGAAUGGACCUUCCUUGCACUGACGUUGUUGCGGGAAAACGAUUUCUGAAAGUAGUACUCAGCAAAGCUCUACAGGUUUUAGUCUUUUGUACUUUGCUCUCAUCCAACGGACCUAGUGCUCCUCAGCAAAGGAUUUUUUUUUUCCACGGUUACUAAUGUAUAAUUAUGCAUUAAAAAAGAUGUUACAUAAACCCAUGGCCCUCAUUGCCAAAGCAAAAAAUAAAUUCCUAAAACCCAAACAACAAGAAUGCUUAUCCCUCUCCGUCAGAGAGGUCUCCGCCCCAUCUCCUCCGGAGGGCUUGAUAGCAUUUCAUACAUUUAUUAUUCAUCAAUAUCAUUCAUUCUGACGCAUCUCCUAAAUAACAAAAGCCAGAAACAUGCAAUGCAUACAGAAUUUGACAAUAUUGAAAUGUUGUUUGUCAAUUUUGAACAUCUGUCUUCUACUGAGUUCUAAUGAGGACAUAGUGCUUUUUUAUGAUUGUGUUUUUGUUACCUGUUCCUGAUUUAACAAAGUAAGAAGAACAGUGAGGAGGAAAGACCUUUCUUCUCAUGUUUAAGUCGUGUUCUUAUUGCUUUUCAGUGAGUCCGUUAUGAAUGUUUCAAUCAGGACGGGUUGGUGGAUUGAACCGUGCAUCUGUGCUAGCGGAAGCAAGUCGCUGUGGAUUCAUAAUAUGCUCAAAGACUUUUCACAAAAAUAGGAUUACUAAGCGACUUUGAUUCUUUUGAGUCUUGGGAAGAAGAGUGUUUACUGGUUGGAGGGAAACUAUACAUGGCGACAGUCUGUGUAUUUGAUGAUGAUGAAAAAAAGAACUGGAUAGAGUGACGUGUAUUUCCUAUGAAAGUUGCUGAUGGAAGGCCAUAUCAUUGGGAAACGUGUUGCAUAUUGUCAGUGAUUUAUGAUUGAAACCGGCUCCCCGGAUACUUGCAUUCACAUUAGAGACAAAUAGAUGACCUAUUACGGUGCAGAUGAAGCCAUAAAUAUUUUGAAAGUAUCAUUUAAUCGAGGAUGUGCCAAGAAGAUACACUGUGUGCUUGUUUUGAGACUUUUUGGCAUGCAAUGUCUCUGCAAGCUCCUGUAUCAGCUGGUCUUCAUUCAUUCUGAUUCUUCUACUAACAAUAUACAUUCUGAUUAUUUAAAGCGUCACAGGCACAUUUAUUUAAUUUGCUCGUGCGGUGUUAGUGGAUCCAUCAUCGCCAUUUCCUCCCCUACCAAAGCAGAAAAAUACAAUGAAAUAAACAUUAGGAGGAACAACC